GAGGGUCAACAAAAACUUUUUUUUUCUUUUCUCUUAUCGUUUCCAAUAAACAUCCAUGGCAAACUACGUUUUAUUCGAAACAGCCUCAGGUUACGCUCUUUUCGAACGUCUCCAAUCUGAAGAGAUUGGUAGCAAGUUAGAGUCCGUCCAAGCCUCUAUUGCUGAUCUUUCCAAGUUCAGCAAGAUGCUUAAGCUCAAGUCUUUUGCUCCUUUUAAAAACGCUGCUGAUGCUUUAGAAAAUGCCAACGAUGUUUCUGAAGGUAUUGUCAAUCCUUCCUUGAAGGCCUUUUUGGAAAUGAACCUUCCCAAGCCCGGCAAGAAAUCCAAGGUCUGUCUUGGUGUUGGUGAAAAGAACUUGGCUGGUGCUAUCAAGGCUGCAUUGAGCGUAGAUUGUGCUUCUGAUGAAUUGGUUCAAGAUUUGAUCCGUGGUGUUCGUAAAUGGGCCGACAAGCUCUUGGGUCUCAAGAGUGGUGAUUUGGAACGCGCCCAACUCGGUCUUGGUCACAGUUACUCUCGUGCCAAGGUCAAGUUCAACGUCAACCGUGCAGAUAACAUGGUUAUUCAAGCCAUUGCUACUCUUGACCAAAUUGACAAGGAUGUCAACUUGUUUGGUAUGCGUCUCAGAGAAUGGUACUCUUGGCAUUUCCCUGAAAUGGUCAAGAUCAUCAAUGACAACUACAAAUACGCCAAGUUGGUCAAGUUGAUUGGUAACAAGGGUGAAUUGACUGAAGACAAAUUGGAAGCUAUGACUGCUAUUCUUGAUGAUGAUGAAGCUCUUGCUAAGCAAAUCUUGAGCGCUGCCCGUGCUAGUAUGGGUGCUGAUCUUUCUCCUGUUGAUAUGAUCCAAAUCCACACUUUUGCUAACCGUGUGAUUUCCCUUGCUGAAUACCGUCAAUCCCUCCAUGCUUAUUUGGUCAACAAGAUGAACCAUGUUGCUCCUAACUUGGCUGCUCUUAUUGGUGAAAUUGUAGGUGCUCGUUUGAUUUCUCAAGCUGGUUCUUUGACCAAUUUGUCCAAAUACCCUGCUUCUACUCUUCAAAUCUUGGGUGCUGAAAAGGCCCUUUUCAGAGCUUUAAAGACAAAGGGUAACACACCCAAAUAUGGUUUGAUCUACCAUUCUUCUUUCAUUGGCCGUGCUGGUCAAAAGAACAAGGGUCGCAUCUCUCGUUACCUUGCCAACAAGUGUACUAUUGCUGCCCGUAUUGAUUGUUUCUCUGACCAUCCUACUGACAAGUUCGGUCAAGCCUUGAGAGAACAAGUAGAUGAGCGUCUUAAAUUCUUUGACAGUGGUGCCCUUCCUCAAAAGAACAUUGAUGUGAUGAAGAAGGUGAUGGACGCAUUAGACGAUGGAGAAGAAGAACCUGUUGUUGUUGGUAAGAAGAGAACUGCUGAUGAUGACAAUGAAGAAGAAGAAAAGGUCAGCAAGAAGGCCAAGAAGGAGAAAAAAGAAAAGAAGGAAAAGAAAGAAAAGAAGAAGGAAAAGAAGGAGAAGAAAUAGAUUUGCUUUCGUUUUAUAUAUAUAUUCACACCAUCCCCAUUAUCAAUUAUUUUGUUUGCAUGCUUCAUAUUUAAAAUAAUAAAAAGCGAUCGCUAAUUUUAAGUUUUGUACAGU